AUGAAGUUCUGUAGUUGGGAAAAAUUGAAAUCCAUUAAGUUGAGCCGGUCGAAGGUCUGGUUCGUUCGGAGAAUCCAUACUUAUAAUGAAGCUGCGGGGAAUGUUGUUGCACCUAGGGUUGGAUUUGGUUUGGGUUCGGAGUUGCGGCGCGCAGGGGUUUUCGUUAAAGUUGUGAAGGUCGGUGAGAAGGGGAAUGCGGCGGAUUUGUGGUUGGAGAGGGAGAUGAUGAGUGGAGAGGUUGGUUGGUUGGUUUUGGUUUCGGAUGAUCGGGAAUUUGCGGAGAUGUUGAGGAAGGAUAGGGAUUUGGGGAAGAAUGCUGAUUUGUGGCUUGCUUGGAAUGUUGUUGAGAAUGGAAAGGUUGAGGGAAUGGGUUUAAUGGGAAGAAUAGAGGGUUCGGAUGAUGAAUUGGAAGGAGAUCAGAAUCUGGGCUAUGAUGAAUAUGUAACAGAGGAAGAACUAUUAGAUGAUGAAAGAUGGACAAUGAGAGUAGAUUUAAGGGGAAGAAGUCAAGAUCAAAGUUUGUCUCAGUCUCCGAAUUCUAUUGAGUGCCAAGACAUUGUUGGUGUUGAUUCCGAAAAGAGAAAGACAUCGAUGGUGAUGACUCUGUUUAGUCUUAUUACACGAUAG